UCGUCUCUCCAAACACGUACUUAUUUUCCCACCGUCCGCUCGCUCCAUCGUCCGAAACCCUUCAAACCAGUCGCCGUUUCUUCAUCCCUCUCUCUCUCUCUCUCUCAAUUGAUUUCUGCGGCCUCUCCCAAUAAGCCCCUCCUCACAAUGUCUUUCUAUAGGAUUUCAUCUCGUCUUUCAAGGGCCCUGUUUGCUCAGCACCGAAACUCAUUGAUAAUCUCUACUCGUCAACACCAGAACCAGCACCAGACCUUUCAAACCCUCUGCAGUCAAUUUCAUUCAUUUCCCGAAUCCCAAAAUAAGGUUGUUGCUGGCCAAGUGUUUCAAUUGAAUAGUUUAGCCCUCUUCACAUCUGCUUCUCAACAACGAUUUGGAUUUUCAUCAUCUGCCUCUCCUGAAAGUAGAGAAACAGAGACUGUGCAGUCUGGAAAUGGAAUGUCUGCGGGAAACAGCAGCAGUGCCUCUUCAAAAACCAAUGGAGAUGCCAAAAUCCCUGAGCAACAAGAGGCUUCUAGUUCUGAAAAUACAAAAGUUGCUGAUCAGAAAGAUGAAUCAGAUGAGGAGGAAGAGCUUUCCAUGGAGGAUCUGGUGAAACUUGUGGCAGAGAAGGAAGAACUUCUCAAGGUGAAGAACAAAGAGAUUGAGAAAAUGCAAGAUAAGGUUCUCCGUUCUUAUGCAGAAAUGGAGAACGUGAUGGAAAGAACAAGACGUGAGUCUGAGAACUCAAAAAAGUUUGCCAUACAGAAUUUUGCAAAGAGUUUAUUGGAUGUUGCAGAUAAUCUAGGUAGAGCUUCUUCUGUUGUAAAAGUCAGCUUUUCAAAGAUUGAUGGGUCUAAAGACACUGCAGGAGCUGUGCCCCUUCUCAAAACACUUUUGGAAGGUGUUGAAAUGACUGAGAAACAGCUUUCAGAGGUAUUCAAAAAGUUUGGAGUGGAAAAGUAUGAUCCUACAAAUGAGCAAUUUGAUCCGAACAGGCAUAAUGCAGUAUUCCAAGUACCAGAUGCUUCUAAACCCCCUGGCACUGUUGCAAUUGUUUUGAAGGCUGGAUAUGUGCUGCACGACCGAGUAAUUCGACCAGCUGAAGUUGGCGUGACCGAUUCCCCGGAUACUCCAGAGACGGAUGGAGUCGGAGGCUCCUCCUCCUCCUCCUGAAGCUUGAAGGAAGAAUGACUGUAAAAUCCCAACAGAGAAAUAUCUGAAAAAGAAAAGAAAAAGAAUCAUCUGCACGUUCUCCCUAUGUUGCAUUAGCUUUUAGGCUGCUGUUCGUAGCUUAGUUCAAAAGAUGUCACAUUUUUGGUUUGUUUCGAAUCAAGAUAAGAUUUUUAUGUAUUGUUACUUAUAGAAGGAGGAGACAGAGAGGGCUUUUGGGUAGCAUUUCUAUUGUUUUAGUUUU